AUUACAGAUCUCUAGAAGGAAAGUGAAAGAAUGUGGUCAACGCGUAUUCUGUUGCGACAUAAUUAUUUUUGAUUUAUAACAACACAAAAUUUUCAGAAGCUGCUGUCGAAAAAUGGAUAUGAAAUCCGUAAUAUCAUCACUGUUUCUUCUUCAAAUAAUCAUCAAUGGUGAUCUUUUCGGGAUAGUUCAGUGUGCAGAUUUCGGAGUCUACAGGUGCAGAAACAAUGGCAAUUUCACAAGCGCAACAGACCUAAAAACCAUCGAGGUCGCACUCAAUUCACUUCCCGGAAACGUCACAAACGACCACGAAUUCGUAACUUCGACCGCCGGCGGCAACACUGAUGCACAGAUUAAUGCCGUCGCAUUGUGCCGCGGCUAUAUUGGACAGGAGCUUUGCAGGACCUGUGUGAGAAACUCGAUCCCGUUGCUUCAACGGCAGUGUCCCAACCAAAAGGAAGCUGCGGCGUGGUACUCGGAUUGUAUGGUGCGUUACUCGAAUCGGAAAAUUCUCGGAGUGCUCGACAGUUGGACUUCCGACAACAUAUCGACCACUGUGACGGUUUCCGACGUCGGUGAGUUUGAAGCGUUUAGGAAUUUGACAACCAGGUUACAGGCGGAAGCUGCCGGAGGUAACUCCUUAGUGAAAUUGGCGGUAGGAAAAGUAACUUAUGGGAGUGAUUCGUUAAAGAUCUACGGGAUGAUGCAAUGUACUCCCGAUUUAUCAACGGAGCAGUGCAACAAAUGUCUGAACAGUACAAUCACUGGGAUUCGUGAUUGUUGUAGCGGCAGACCGACAGCAAGAGUGUUUUUUCCCAAUUGUUUUCUGAGGUACGCGGAUGAAAAAUUCUACGACGAAGCCACAUCAAUUCCUUCUCCUUCUCCUUCAGACAAAAAGGACAAGAAGAACAACAAUACAAGAAUGAUUUAUAUCAUUGUUCCAGUUGCUUGUAUUUCUGUGGGGCUAAUUGGAAUUGGCGUCUGGUUCUUUUGUAUAAAAAGACAGAAGAAGGACGGAAUGUCAAAUAAAGAAACUAACAGCUUCUCUUCUUUACUUGUGGGACAUAGACAAGCUUCAACUCAUGACACUGCUGGAAUGGGGAUUGUAACAGAACAAUCUUUGCAAUAUGAUCUGGAGACAAUUGAAGUUGCAACAAACUACUUUUCUCCAAAAAACAAAAUUGGUAAAGGCGGGUUUGGUUUGGUGUACAAGGGUGUUCUUGAAAAUGGGCAAGAAGUAGCAGUGAAGAGACUAUCAGAAACAUCAGGACAAGGUGUAGAAGAAUUUGUAAACGAAGCUGUUUUAGUGGCAAAGCUUCAACAUCGAAAUCUUGUGAGGCUUUUAGGGUUUUGCCAUGAUGCAAAAGAGAAGAUCCUCAUGUACGAAUAUGUCCCAAACAAAAGUCUAGAUUACUUUUUAUUCGACCCCAUCAAACAUGGGAAUUUGGAUUGGGCGACACGAUGGAAAAUCAUAGGAGGGAUCACUAGAGGAAUGCUUUAUUUACAUGAAGAUUCAAGAUUAAGAAUCAUCCAUAGAGAUCUUAAAGCUAGUAAUAUCUUACUUGAUCAAGAUAUGAACGCAAAAAUUGCGGAUUUUGGAUUGGCUAGAACUUUUGGUGUUGAUCAAACUCUUGGAAACACAAAGAAAAUUGCUGGAACCUUGGGAUACAUGUCGCCAGAAUACGCUAUGCACGGACAUUUCUCAGUGAAAUCUGACGUGUUCAGCUUCGGUGUCAUAGUUCUUGAGAUUGUGAGUGGACGAAGAAACUCUGACUUCUAUCAACAAGAUGAUGAUGAGGAUCUCCUACUUUCUGCAUGGAAACAAUGGACGGGUGGAAAGCCAUUAAAGAUAACGGAUCCGAGGCUUGGUGAAUCGUAUUCAAAGGAGGAAGUGAUUAGGUGCAUAAAUAUUGGUUUAUUAUGCGUACAAGAAGAUGCGGAUGCAAGGCCUUCCAUGGCUUCUAUUCUCAAUGUGUUGAAUAACAACUCAAUUACUUUACCCGAACCUAAAAAACCACCAUAUUUUCUCUCGAAAGGACUCUUUGCAGGCAUUUUGGGUGAUGUUGACAAGUCAAUUCCUACGGUUAGCUCUCAAGAUGAAUCAUCAGCUGGCAAAAUGAGUCCCCGAUAACCUAAGGAAUUGCUGAUUUGUGAUUGUGUGUGUGUAUAUAUAAAGGUUCCUCCAUUUACCCGUUUUACCUUAAUGUUUUUUAUGGAUGUUUUUUUCGGGUUCAAGUUCUGGUUGGAACUAACCCGUUAUAGAUAUGGAGGAAAGGAGGUACAUUAUGGAUGUUAAGAGAUUUAAAGGAUUUUUAAUUUUUGUUUUUCUGUGUAUGUUGUGGUGAACAUGAAUGUGGUCUUCUAUAUAUCUAAACAUAUUAUUUUAUGGGUCA